AUGUCGACACAUCCAGUUGAGUCAAUAAAAAUCCUCCUGUUUAAGAAGAUAAUGGAUAUAGUCUUUCUGAAUUAUAAGCACAACUCUGCCACAACUCCUGAAGACCCUUUCGAAGGUGGAAUUAAAUAUUUCUGUCCAAUCAUUACAAAAGAAUCUCUAAAACCAAUUUCUUUUAUCAAAGUGCUGCCAUAUAAACCGAUCAAAGCUUUGCUUUCCUGGGAUAAACUGAAAUUGAAUAAAGAAUAUGGACAAAUAAGACCGAAGCAAAAAACUCCAGAUGAAAACUCUGGAAAAAUCUUCCGGACAAAAACUUUGCUGUCGAUCAGUGAUUCAAAACUCAUCUUCGUCGGCAAUGAAGCCGUCGUUGAAGCCAUCAUCCAGAUUGACGAGAACCAAGCUUUUCCUCCAGGUGCAUGUUGGAGGCGUCAUUUGAAAACUAGAAACAUCAUGUCCCCAAUUCGCAUGAACAUUAAAAUCACUGACGUUAUUAAUUUUCAGACCUUCAUUGUCGUUUUCGUCAUCAUCCUCAUCAACGUACGCAACGCAGUUAACAAGUGCGUCGCAGUUGUCAAGUUAACAAGUGCGUCGCAGUUGUCAAGUUAA